AUGUUGGUGCAGAUCAAAGGCUUUAAAGUGGGUGAUCAUGUAGGUGUGGGAACCUAUGUGAACUCAUGUCGGGAUUGUGAGAACUGCAACAGCUCUCUAGAGAAUUACAGCCCAGAAACAGUUUUUACUUUCAACAGAACUGAUACUGAUGGAACUAUCACAAAGGGGGGUUACUCCACUCAUAUUGUAGUCCAUGAAAGGUACCGUUUCAAAAUACCCGAUGGCUACCAUUUGGCAAAGGCGGCACCUCUUCUAUGUGCUGGAAUCACUGUUUAUACUCCAAUGGUGCAGCACAACAUGAACCAACCUGGAAAGUCGCUAGGAGUCAUUAGACUGGGUGGUCUGGGUCACAUGGCAGUGAAAUUUGGUAAAGCCUUUGGUCUUAAGUCCCUGAAAAACUUGCUGCACUUCAGAGCUGACACAGCUUUAGGUGAUCAUCCAUUUGAUCCAUAUCUCUCACUCCUUAAGUUUGGUGGUGUGAUGACAAUAGUGUGCUUUCCAAGUGAGAUGAAAAUGCAUCCUGCAAGCCUCAAUCUUGGUAAUUCUCUGUUCUGA